UCCCUCCGUCCUCCCUGCGUCCCUCAUCCCUCCAUCUCUCUGCAGACGCCGCCGCAUCAGCGCGAAGGUGAUGACUGGGCUGGGAUCAUGUCUGAAGUUCAGGGAACCGUGGAGUUUUCUCUGGAGCUGCACAAGUUUCACAACGUGGAUCUGUUUCAGAGAGGGUUCUACCAGAUCAGAGCUGGACUGAAAGUUUCACCUCGGGUUCCACACCGGGUGACGGUGACGGCGCUGCAUCCCUCCGGCGCCGCCGGCGUCCACGACGGCGCCGCCUUCAGCCGGAUCUUCCAGAUCCUGUACAGGAACGAGGAGAUCGUGGUGAACGACUGCAUGAUCUUCAAGGUGCAUCUGCUGCUGGACGCAGAGAGGAUGGAGGAGGCCUUGAGUGAAGUCGACUUUCAGUUGAAGCUGGAUCUUCAUUUCACCGACAACGAACUGCAGUUAGCAGAGUUAGCCACCGUUCCUCUGAUCAGCUCUCGGACCCUGAGCCUCCACUUCCACCCCCGGCGAGGUCUCCACCACCACGUCCCCGUCAUGUUCGACUACUUCCACCUGUCCGUCAUCUCCGUGUCCGUACACGGAUCCGUGGUCGCCCUGCACCAGCCGCUCAUCAGCUUCGCUCGGACCGCUAAAGGUUCCUGGCUGGGUAAAGGUUCCCCGGAGAGUUCUGCAGACGCCUCUGCCGUCACCGUGGAGAACCUGGUGUUCGGAGCCGGAUACUGCAAACCCGUCAUCUCCGAGGGAAGUUUUUACGUUCCCAGUGAGAACUGCCUGCAGCGAGCGCAGACGUGGCACCGGCGUCUCUGUCGCCUCCUGCUGGUCGCCCACCGGGGUUUACACUCGUACUGCUCGGCCCUGAUGAAGGAGAUUCCUCAGUUAAAGCCCAUCCCGCUGGAGACAGAGCUGCUGCCGGUGGAGGAAACUCUGAACCAGCUGGCCAUCGAGCUGCAGCUGCAGGACGGGCCCGAGCUGGUGGCGGAGCAGAUGAGCCGGGACGUUAGCCGGCUCAGCUCGCGGCUAGCUAGCCUGUGGAGCCACUUCCUGUCGGCCGCCGUGCAGAACCAGCACUUCCUGUCCUACCUGGCGCUGGAGCACCACACGCUCCGGGUCCGGAGGUUCUCUGAGGCGUAUUUCUUCACCGAACACUCCAAAGAUAAGUCUCUGACGUUCCAGGAGGAUCUCAUCAACAGACACGCCCAGAUCGCUGCAGAAAUCCGCGGCUCCGACUACUUGACCAACAUGCCCCCGUUACCCAUCGAGUGUCUGGACAUCGACGGAGACGUGAACAGUUUACCGAUCAUCUUUGAGGAUCGAUACGUGGAGAAACCUCUCAUUAAAGAAUCCCGAGUGCCGGUACUUGAACCGGUUCCUGAGGUCCAGGAUCAGGUCCAGGAUCAGGUCCCGGAUCGGCCCAGAUCUCCAGCGCCAGCGCCGGAUUCCCCGGAGGCCGACGGAGGCCGAGUCCCCUCUCUCAAGACCAACCAGAACCUCCCAGAGACCGGACCCGGUCCUGAACUCUCUCUGGUUGAAGACGGUAAACUCUGUGAGGCGGAUCCGUCCACCGUUGGACCCGUUGGACCUGGUGGGGAAACGGAGACCGAGCCCAACGAGGACGACGGUGUCGUACCGCUGAAUCAGUCCCUGGACGACCCGGUCUUUGGCGACCUCCGGCCCGAGUCCUUCCCCCACGGCGGCCUCGUGGGCUCCAAGAUCAUGAAGCGCUCGUCGUCCCUGAUCUCCGACUCGGGCAUCGAGAGCGAGCCCAGCUCGGUGGCGUGGCCGGCGGACGCCGCCGCGCUGCUAGCCCGGCCCUCGCUGGACUUUUCCAGCGAGCGUGAAAUCCCCAAACAGAUCGUCCACCGAUCGGUGCAUCGUAGCUGCCUGGAGGGGUUGCAGAUGGAGAGCAACAGCAGCAGCCUGCCCAGCGGUGGCGGGAUCCAGGCCUCGCUCACAUCCAUCAGCUCCCUGCCCUACGAGGAGGACCGGCAGCAGCUCAGCAAGCUAACCAAGUCCGUCUCGGCGCCGCAGAUCAGCAGCCCAGAGGACGACGAGGCCGGACACGAGUUCCUGAAGCAGGAGACGGAUCGGAGGAGCUCGGUGCGGCACCACGACUCGAACUCGGACCAGUCGGAGGUUUCUAACGUCGACCGGAGUCUUAGGAGCAUCGUCCAGGAGAACGCCGGCUCUGAAAAGCUCGACUCACCGCAGGAGCUAGCAGAGACAAUCAAGUCGGUGUUAAGCGAUGCGUCAAAAGUGUUGGAUUCCUUGGAGCUAGAGACCCUUCAAACCUCAGCAGACGAUGUUGUUGAAUCGGAAGAUUCUCCCUGUAGCUACAGAAACCAUGAAGGUGCAGCGGAGCGGGAAGGCGUUAGCAUCACAGACGAGGCCAAAGCAAAGGUAUCACAAAUCCCCCUCAAACCCUCGCCGUCCGACGACCUGAGACGGAGGCCGGGCGGCCUCUCGGGGCCGACGGCGCCGGCCGGGACGUCGUCCGUCGUCCAGCCCCUGGAGGGCCAAGCGAAGCCCCUGGAGGGGCCCCUGGGCCCCCCGAAGCCCCCCCGGGUCCCCAACGCCGGCCUGGCCUUCGUCAACAGGAAGAUGGUGGAGGUGGUGAACAUGUCGGCGUCCUGCGCUCCCACCUGCCUGCCGUUCUCGUCCGUCCUGAGAGACUCGCCCUCCGUCGGCGGCGGGAUGUCGGCGCGCCAGGCUAGCUCGCCCAUUACCCAUCAGCCCCUGGGCUCCUUCGGCAUCAUCUCCUCGUCGUCGCUCAGCCCGCUGAACAUGGACGACGAGACCAACCAACGCAUGCUCAACUUCUACCAGGCCAAGGCCGACCUGCUAACGGAGCUUAGCUUCCAGGCUAGCUGGUACAGCGACCUGCCCCUGCUAGCCUCCGAUCUGCCGUACUUCCCCCCCGAGGAGGACGACGAGGAGUUCGACGACGGAAUCCACCUGGUGGUGUGUGUGCACGGGCUGGACGGAAACAGCGCAGAUCUCCGUCUGGUGAAAACCUUCAUCGAGCUGGGACUCCCCCAGUCCAGACUGGACUUCCUCAUGUCUGAGAGGAACCAGGCCGACACCUUCGCCGACUUCGACUCCAUGACGGACCGACUGCUGGACGAGAUUAUCCAGCACAUCCAGCUGUACAACCUGACGGUGGGCAGGAUCAGCUUCAUCGGACACUCCCUGGGGAACAUCAUCAUCCGCUCGGUGCUAACGAGGCCGCGGUUCCGCUGCUACCUGUCCAGACUGCACACCUUCCUGUCUCUGUCCGGGCCUCACCUGGGGACGCUGUACAACAGCAGCGCGCUGGUUAGCACAGGUCUGUGGUUGAUGCAGAAGUUGAAGAAGUCCGGUUCUCUACUCCAACUGACGUUCAGGGACCACGAGGACCCGAGGAAAACCUUCCUGUACCUGCUGAGCCAGAAACCAGGUCUCCAGUUCUUCAGGAACGUGGUUCUGGUAGCGUCUCCUCAGGACCGCUACGUUCCCUUCCACUCGGCCCGGAUAGAGAUGUGCAGGACGGCAAUGAAGGACCGCGGGACAGGUCCGGUCUACACCGAGAUGAUCAACAACCUGCUGCAGCCGCUAGUCGACGCUAAGGAGUGCCGGCUAAUCCGGCAGAACGUGUUCCACGCGCUGCCCAACACGGCUAACACGCUGAUCGGCCGCGCCGCGCACAUCGCCGUGCUGGACUCGGAGCUGUUCCUGGAGAAGUUCUUCCUGGUGGCCGGGCUCAACUACUUCAAAUGAAGGUCCUAGCCGGGCUAACCGGGGCUAACCGGGGCUAACCGGAGCUAACCGGGAGGACGAGCUGCUCCCGCUAGCCUGUACAGAACUUGUAAAGUAUUGAAUCCUGGGCUAGCGACCGUCGGCUGCCGCUAGCGGAGGCGGACGAGUCGCCCUGCGAGACGGAGCGACGACGACGACAGCUUUGAUUGUAGAUGUUUUCGUCAGCCUUACCAAAAGAAUCAGCCGGAACACGAACGGAUGCUAAAGCUAAAGCAUUUACUUCCUGUCCCUUUAGACCGGCGGAGUCGCCGGCGGACUUUUAAUCCUUAAGGAUUAAAACUGUACAUGAAGAGUUUUAUUGUAAAAAACAACAAAAAAACAAGCAGUUUCUUUAUAUCGAGAAAAGAAUAACAAAUAUAUUGUUUAAAAUUAUUUAUUUUUAUGUAUCUAACAGUAUAUGUCGUUCAUGUAAAUGUGAAUAAUUAUCCAUUUAAUGAAAAUGAAAGUGUUAGCCGGUGUAGGCAAGACGUGUUACGGAAGUGUUAGCGCUAGGCAGGAGAAAAAUAAUAAAAAUAAUAUUUUAGAGGAGGAGGAU